AGAAGGGGAAGGGAGAGGGCUCCCACACCCACUCACUCUUCAAGUCAUAACCUUUUGUCCCUUUCCACCACCUCCUCUCCAUUCCAACCCUGGGUAGCUACCACAAAGAAUUCCACCUACAGCAAAAUCACUUCCAAACUGUUGCUUCCACCCUGUUUGAUUCGGCGAUCGCAAAAUGUCGGUCCAGAUCGCACCGGAGCACGUCUGCUAUGUCCACUGCAGCUUCUGCAACACCAUCCUUGUGGUUAGUGUGCCAAGCAACAGUAUGUUCGACAUUUUAACAGUUCGAUGCGGGAAUUGUACUAAUCUGUUGUCUGUGGACAUGGGAGCAGUGACUCAAAAAAUCCCUCUUCAAGGCUCUCAGCAGGUUCACAACAUUGGAUCCCAUCAUGAUCAUAACAGUGUGGAUUGUGGUGGAUCAUCUUCCAAAUGCAACAGGAGAUCACCAGUGUUGGACUCCAUCCAAAAUGAUCCUCACAAAACGCUUCCUACCCCACCACCGGAAAAGAGGCAGCGUGUUCCUUCCGCAUAUAAUAGAUUUAUCAAGGAGGAGAUUCAAAGGAUAAAGGCUAAUAACCCUGAUAUUAGCCACAGGGAAGCUUUUAGCACUGCAGCAAAGAAUUGGGCACAUUUUCCUCACAUCCAUUUCGGGUUAACGCAUGAUAAUGAUAAGCAACACAAUGAAGCUAUUGCAACUCAUGGAAACCCAGAAGCUUGUGGCUUGUAUUAAUUAGUUCAAAAGAUAUUUGCUGUGAGUAUAUGAUCCCUUAUCAACUUUUCUUAUACUGUUGUGGCAAACCAGGUAUUCUUAAUAGCUAAACAGUGUGUAAAUUAAUUGCCCUUUGUUCAAAUUAUUAAUGUUUGUGUACGUGAGGGAACUUUUUCCACAAUGAAUUUAUUGUUCUCAAUGCAGGGCAACAUGCUUCUCUUCUA